AUGUCAGUUGAAGAAGACCAUGACGAUGUCAUGAGUGAAGAGGAUAUCACAGUAGUAGAGUCGAUGACAAGUCAAGAGCAUGCUUCAAAGAAAAGGAAAUUUACAUCAAAAGUAUGGAAUGAUUUUGAUUGGUCACGAUACAAAGAUGGUAAAGAAAAGGCUACGUGCAAGCAUUGUAGGAAGGAAUAUGCUUAUGACAAUCAGAAAGGAGGAACAUCAACUAUGUCAAGGCAUUUAAAGAAGUUCCCUAGACUGAAGAUGCAAGAUGUGGGGCAACUUUUGUUAUCUACAAAUAAUGGAGAACUGGCUACUCGUGCACGCAAAAUAGAUCAAUCAAAGUUUCGGGAUUUAGUUGCAAGACUAAUUAUUGAUGGACUGACAGAGAUUGAUCCAGCAGUAAUCAAGAUAAGGUUAGCAGUGAAGUACCUUAAAGGUUCACAAAGAAGAAAACAAAAUUUCUUGGAUACUGUCAGCUAUUUAGGAAUGUCAGUAAAGAUGGGUGUUCGACAAGAUGUUAAGACAAGAUGGAAUUCUACUUAUCUUAUGUUGCAAAGUUGUAUUUCGUAUGAAAAAGUCUUCACUCAUUUGAGGUUGGUGGACUCUGACUAUGCAGAGUCUCCUAAUGGGGAAGAAUGGGAUCAAAUCAAAGUGGUCACGAAGUUUCUCAAGGUCUUUUAUGACCUCACGACUCUAUUCUCUGGAAACAAGUAUCCUACUUCUAAUUUUUAUUUUGAUGGGGUUUGUCAGAUUAAAGUAUUAUUAGAUCAAGAGACAACUAAUGACAUUGAGUUCAUCAGAAACAUGGCGAAGAAAAUGCAAGAAAAAUUUGCCAAGUAUUGGAAAAAAUUGAGUCCAAUAUUGGCAAUGGCAGUCGUUUUAGACCCUCGAUUGAAGUUUGAAUUUGUAGAGUUUACUUUAGAAAAGGUGUAUCCUGUUGAGCGUGAAAUGAAGAAGGAAGUUGAUAUUAUUAGAAAAAGGAUGGCGGCACUCUAUAAAGAGUAUCAUACGGCGUCAACUUUAAGAGGUUCGACAACAACCAAUGAAACUCAGAAUUCAGGUAUUGUAAAUGGUGGGAAUUCUGGACGCAAUGGAAGUGCUUUUAUGCAGGUGAUAUUUCUUUAA